AUGCAGCUGCUGCUGCUCUGGCUAAAGGUGCUAAUUUUUCACAGUGGAUGUUCACAAAUUUUACACUCUCAAGAGAAAGGUAGACCAGAAAUAAUGAUACCCUUGAAGAUAAUAGACUCUGACAGUAACAUAAAGUCUUCAGAGUGGGUCUCUUACAGCAUGAAGCUUGAUGGCCUUACGGAAGUUGUCCAUAUAAAAGUCAUUAAGCAUUUGUUGGCCAGGAACAUGCCAGUGUUCACUUACACAGACCAGGGUGCUCUCCAAGAGAACCACCCUUUCAUCCAGAACAACAGCUAUUAUUAUGGCUACAUUGAAGGGGACCCAUUCUCCCAUGUUUUCCUCAAUAUCUGUUUUGGGGGAUUUCAAGGAAUUUUACAUAAAAACAACACUGUUUAUAAAUUAGAGCCAAAGUUAAAUUCAAGCACCUUUGAACAUCUGGUAUAUAAGCUAGUCAGUGAUGAGGAAGACUUUCCAGCCAGGAGAUGUGGCUUAACAAAUGAGGAAUCUCAAUGUGAAUUCAAGAUGAUAAAGAAUGACAAAUUUUCUAUUUCAAAGCAGAGUGGAUAUGUGGGCUGGUGGACCCACAAACGGUAUCUUAAAUUAGCACUAGUUGUUGGUAAUAAUUUGUAUCAUGAUUAUGGAUCUAAUACCACUGUGACAAAGAAUAAAAUAAUGACUUUAUUUAGCAGAGUAUAUAAAGAUUUUGUGCAAUUGGAUUUAACAAUAAUUUUAAUGGGAAUUGAAAUUUGGACUGACAAACACCAUAUAAAUUAUGACCUUCAAAAAGGUCCUUUCUUGAAUGCAUUCCAAAAAUGGAAGGAAAAAACUGUGAACCUACGCAUUUCACAUAAUGUAGCAUUAUUACUUUGCAAUAUAAGAGCACAGUCAUAUGAUGGGAAUAUUUUUAAAGAUAGUGUAUGUAGAGCUCGCUGGAAUUCUGGUGUAAUUCAGAUAAAAGUACAUCAAAAUAUAGCUUUUACUUCAUUUUUGUUAACAAGAUCAGUGGGUAUUACUGUUGGCAUUGGUAAUGAUGAGGAGUACUGUACAUGUGGGCAACCAUAUUGCAUUAUGAAUGAAGAAAAAAAAAUUUCAUAUCAUUUUAGUAACUGCAGCUACAGUGAUUAUCAGAAGUCUGAUAUAGAUUGUCUUUUAAUGCCACCAGCUACAGAGGACACCUUAGGAGAUAAACGUUGUGGAAAUGCUGUGCUUGAAGAAGGAGAAGAUUGUGACUGUGGGACAAUUAGUUCUUGUGCAAAUGAUCCAUGUUGUGAGGCAAAUUGCAAACUGGCACUGGGGUCUGUUUGUGCUUUUGGACUUUGUUGCAGAAAAUGCAAGUUUUUGCCAGCAGGUACAUUGUGUAGAAAAAAAGAAAAUGACUGUGAUCUUCCAGAGUGGUGCAAUGGAACCUACCAUGACUGCCCUGAAGAUGUAUAUGUUCAGGGUGGAAUUUCAUGCAAAGGUGAUGGAUUUUGCUAUAGAAAAAGAUGCAAAAACCGCCAAGAACAAUGUAGAAGCAUUUUUGGGAACCAGGCUAAGAGUGCAAGGCUUAAUUGUUACAAAGACGUGAAUAGCAAAGGUGAUCGCUUUGGUAAUUGUGGUUACAGUACUUCAUCAAACACACCCUGCCCUAUAAAGGAUUUUCUGUGUGGAAGGAUUCAGUGUGAGAAUGUGAACAUAAUUCCUCAACUGCAAAGUCACAGCACCCUAAUUUCAACGAAUAUCAAUGGUGUAAGUUGCUGGGGUAUUGACUACCAUUUUGGUUCACACACACCAGAUGUUGGUGAAGUGGAAGAGGGUACUGAAUGUGGAGAAAAUCAUAUUUGUGUUGAUCGACACUGUGUCCCAAUGUCAUACUUCACAAUUCAUUGCUCUCCUGAAAAAUGCAGGAUGCGUGGGAUCUGCAACAAUCGACAUCACUGCCACUGCUAUUCUCCUUGGCGCCCACCCUAUUGCUAUGAGACAGGAAUGGGAGGCAGUAUUGACAGUGGCCCUCCACCAGAAAGUAAUCUUACAGAGUCUCAAGAAGAAAAUUCAAUUGAGUCUGAAGAUGUCAAAUACUCACACAUUUGUUCUUUUCUUCCUUUCUUGCGUUUCAUAGUAUUUCUUUUGAUUUUCAUUGGUCUAAUGUUAAAAGAAGUGAUCUAA